AUGAAUCUACUUUCACGUGUCAUCGGCCUCUGGGCUCUAGCAUACGGUGCAUUCUUAUUGUUUUUUGCUUGUCGGAAUGAUUUCUCAAACUAUAACAUUGUGGCUCGAACCAGUUGUAUCCAAUUGAAUUACGUGGUGUACCCUAUGUGGGAUCGUUAUAUCCAUCCUCUGUUGACAAAUGUUGAUGAAAAAUUCGGAAUCUCUGAACUGAUAAAUCCCAAGCUCGAAACCUGCCAUCUUCAAUGGAUCGCUUUUGACGAAAAGCAUCGCUUAUCGUAUAAAUUAGAUCUGUGGUGGACAUCCGUUCAAGUGUGGGCCAACAGGAAUAUUGGCCGUAUUCAAGCCAUGCUUCAUCUGCGUGCACUGUACUAUAUCGCUAAGGUACAACUGAUGUACGAGGGUAAGAAGCCUAUGAUAAUGUACCAAUGGGAGACUUGUCGUAGCCGCUCAUCCCGUGUUGUUGGUUUUCUUUCCACGAAAGCUAGACUCAAUAUCUCAUUGUUUUUAAGAGCAUCAAAAAGACAUGCUCAAAGAUCACUAGAGCUCUAUAUUGGUCCAUCAUUACGUACUAUCACGAAGCGCAUCCACGCGAACGCGCAUGUUCAAAAGAUAUUAGCCACUACCCAAGUUCAAUGGUUCUUCAAGCAUGUAAAGCUUUUGGUCUCCUCAUUGAUGGAUAAGUCCAGCCACUUUUCGAAUACCAUGCAACAAAAGACAGAUUUCUUGCGGUCUGAAGUCUAUAAUUUAACUCGUUCUGACAGGUUGAAGCAAAGAUUGAAGGGCAAUUUACUGGAGACCAGAGUGAUGCAAAGUCCGGAGAUCAUAAGAAAUACUACCCAGGAAUUUGAAAACUCUGAUUCUGAUGAAAGUGAUACGGAGAUUGAGUACAUCACUGUAACUCAAACAUCAACCGUCACAAUAGUGGAGGAAGAAACGAAAAGUCCUUCCAUCGAAUCUCAUAAUAAAAUUGAGCCUAAUUCUGAGGAGGAGACGAAUGGAUCUUCAAUUGAAUCCCAUGAUAUUUCUGCAGAGCCCAAGGCUGAGAAGGAGUCAAAAAGUUAUACUGUAGAGCCCCAUAAUAAUAUCGCAGUGCCCAAGAUCGAGGACGAUAAUGUUGAGGCUUAUGGGUUGCUUUCACCAAAGGCACAAGUGGAACAGGAAAUCGAGUAUUGGCGGAACAAAGUCCUGAAAAUGAUAGAUUUAUCUCAAUCGUCCCUUGAAACAGAGCUGAAGCCAUUUUUAGAUACCAUAAUUGGGGACUUGAAGGACAGAAUAUCCGCCAAUUUUACAAAAUUGCAACAGGAAAACUAUUUGCGUUAUAAGGUUAUGGCUGAAAUGAUUUCAUCUAUUGAUAAAGACUCCGAAACACUUAUUACGACAAAGGAGAUCAUUUUAUCUCCCGAAGUGGACAGACAAAUGAUGAGAGACCGAAUUCUGGAGGCUCGUGAGGCUGUGGAGAAUUCCAUGAAAGAUGUUGAGUUGGUUUUGAAUGAAGCUCAUGGGAUCAUUAUGGAAAAGUACUUCGAAGUGGCACAAAACACGAUCGAUGUCUUGGAAUCUUUUGCAGACACUAAGAUUCUUGAGUUUUCCAACUCGUUGUCUGGAUUGUUGACAAUUUUGGAAAAUAAUGUUGAUUUCGAAGAUGAGAUUAGCUGGAAUGCCUGGAAGGAAUUCCAUAAGAUCAAGGAGCUGAUUUUCAAUGCGAGAGACAAAAUACUCGAUGAAGCUCACACAUACAAGUUACAACCCCGUGGUUCUAUUAAACCUCGUGCCUUGGAGCCAUGGGCAUUGUAUUUGGAUAACAUUAACUUUCACAUCAGAUUCCUAUUGAGUGAUAACGAUGAUUAUUUGAAGUUGGUGAGAGCGAAGGCCAAUGUAGCCUACCAAAUGAGGGAAGGCUUGACCAGACAAUUGGAGGAAAUACAAGAGCAAGCUGCACAAGAGAAAGCUGCACAAGAGAAAGCAGAACAGGAGAAAGCAGAACAAGAGCAAGCUGCACAAGAGAAAGCAGAACAGGAGAAGGCAGAGCAAGAUGCGCAAGAGAAGGCAGAACAGGAGAAAUCAGAACAGGAGAACUUAGAACAGGAGAACUUAGAACAGGAGAACUUAGAACAGGAGAACUUAGAACAGGAGAAAGCUGAACGGGAGGAAGCAGAACGAGAGAAAGCUGAACGGGAGGAAGCAGAACGAGAGAAAGCAGUACAGCAGGAGACCCCGCAGGAAAAGGCCGCACAACAGGAAGAAGAAGAACAGAAGAAAUCUAACAAUCCGGGCCUGUCAACAAGUAUUGCAAUGUCAGUCGAGAGUUCAAAUAAAGAGACUGAUUCUGUGUCUGACAUAGGCAGUGCAACCUUAGAAGCCAUUGCGGUUAAUACACAGGUACCUGAGGCCAUCGCACAGCUGUUCCUGGAGCUCUCGAAGGAAGAAGACAAUACUGAUGCGGAAAAUAUCCCUGAAGUCACUUGCAGCCCUAUUCUAGAGACUGCCACUGUGUCAAGUCCAAGUCAAUCAACUCACAGCGAAGCCGAGAAUCAGAUUCUCGGUGCUCAUGACCAGCUCGAUGUCUCUAAUUCUGCUGAUUACGAACCAAUUGAAGCAGAUGAGUAUUUGGAAGCAGGGGAAGCAGAUGAAGCUUUUUGA